UUGCAUACACCCAACUCACUCACUCACUUAAACUGACUACACGUCGUGUGUUAUAUAUGAUUCCCCAAACUCUCAAUUUUAAAUUCUAUCAUUGGAAAUGAUCCCCUUUCAUUAUCAUACUGUCAUUUUCACUUUUAAUUCCACUGUUGCAGGUUCAUCACAAUGGCACGUGAUAAUUACGUUGAGGACCUCACCUUGAGGCUUCUUGAGCACAUCCAUGAGAAGGUGAAGGCCUCCGUCCGCCCUCAGGUCAACGUGGAAGAGACGGCCAAACAGUUAGAAAAGAACAUUCGAAAAAAAAUGGAAAAAGCCUUGAACAAGUCUCUGAAUAAUCUAGAAAGAAGGUUCUUCAAGUACGCAGAGUGUGUAGACGUCUCUGAAAACAGGCAGUUCAAACGGAUCUCAAGGUUGAUAUCAAGGGCUGAGAACGACGUGGACGCCAACUUUAAUGAAGGUCAAACACAAACGGGAAUCGUUGCAGGAAGAGCAUCCGGCCAUGGACAACUGCUGCCCACGCGUCAAACUUAA